UCAAGUUCAAAGUUUCAGUAGACCUUAUCUAAAAUACACUACUGUUUCUAGCAUUUUACCGCUGCGAGUGAAACAAACCGGUGAGCAAAUGUAGAGCGAUUUCUUCGAUACGAAAUACUGACGACAGCUGCUUCAUUAAACAAUGAAAGCCUACAAUUUUACUCUCCCAAACUCAUGCCAACUAUACACACUCUGAAAUUAAUAUCCAAAGCCGAAAGUUCAACGCUGAAACGCCCGAAACCAUAUAGCCGCUAGCAACUAUAGUCGCCAAUGCUUCUGCGCAUGCGAGCGCAAUCAGUUGCAAAGCGUUUGGCGUGGUGAGCAUACGUACAAACGAGUAGUCACGGACAGCGUUUUGGCAAGCAAUCAAGCGAGCAAGCAACCGACGUACUAGCUGUGAGGCAGGCAAACGCGCAAGUUCGUUGCUUAAGUCUUUCGUUCGUUUUCACUUUUCGCUUAACGGUGGUGUGUAGCUAGUGCCGGCAUUCAUUUGUGUACAUACAUACAUACAUACCUGUUAUAUGCUUGUACUACAUGUACAUAUGUAUGUAUUCUAACGUUUUGCGAGUGUCGAAGCAGAGCAAACAGUUAAAGAUGUGCUGAUGAUACAUUCUUGUUAACACAACGAGACAAACCAGUGAGAUGUUUACGAUAUUAGCAUAAAUAAACUGUUGCCUUUGCGUAACGAAUGUGAUAUCCGUGAAGCAGUAACGAUUAUGCAUGGGUGUGUGUGUGUGUGCAAAUUCCAAUAAAAGUGGUAAUAAUGAUAGUAAAACGCUGGCAUUAGGCACUAGCAGCGACAAAAACAAAAGCAAUAAAAAAUUAAUUGCAGAAAAAUAGUCAUUAAUGUAUUAAAAGCAACAAACAAAAACAAAAAACGACAUAUUUUUGUUGGCUUGCGCCAUACUUGUACAUUUGUACAUUUAUUGCAAGGUACUCUGGUUAAACACAAAUCUACAACUGCAGUUGCCAACAAAUCCCAGAGCCUAGGCGCCACGCGCGGUACAGCUGCUGUACUUUCCUGUCAACAUUCAGCGCUGGGAAGCGUUUGGAAUGUGCUCACUCAACACGAGCGGGCAACUAAAUACGAAUACAUACAUAUAACAAAAGCAACAACAACAAUAACGAAGAUAUUACAACGACACAUUGCAGCAACCGUGACGUACGACAACGAAAGUGAAAGCACAACUAACUGCACAUUGAAAGCGCGACAAAUACAACGACAGACAGACAAAUACGACAUACGCUCGUAUGUAGUAUGUAUAGAGACAUAAGCAGCUUAACGCAUAAAAACGCUUCUUUUAGCUUUAAAAAAUACAUAUAUAUAGCAUAAAAUAAGCGAUAAAAAGCAAAAGAGGAAAGUACUAAAAUAAUAAAAGCGAUUUUAAAUUCAUUGUCAAAGGAGAAGUUCACACAAACAAGCAUUGAUUUUUUUACUAACAACUAAAACAAGCAUAAAAUCGAUUCAUAAAUUUCGACCGGUGAAAUAGCGGCUAUUGGUGACAAAUACAAAUAUCACAAAGCCACUUACAUACAACCAUACGUACAUAAAAACUACAAUAUUGGCCAAAUUUAACAUAAGAAUAAGCGCACAAUCACCAAACCGGGCAAAUGACAGCGGCAAUAAAAUUCGUAAAUUCCAAAAACAAACACUCAAGCUUCAUUCCAUCAAAAAAGUGGUGGCAGUUGGUUUCGGCAGCGGCGGCGGCAGCAGCGGCAUUGAACUCGACAACUCACCUCAAAUUGGUUGCAAAUUGACUCGACACAAUCGAAGUCACUUAGUCAACACCCAAGAAUUUCAUACAUUCAAAAAAAAAAAAUUGGUUACAUUGAAGCAUAUUUAGUUGACCGGUGCCGUGACAUUGUGAUAUCGUGUAACCGUUCUUCUUUUUGUUACUAUACAUUUGUUUUUCUAACGACAAACAAGACAAAUGUUUUUUGUGCGCAUUUAACUUUUUUUAUUUCUAAAUAUUGGCACGCAAUACAAUAAACACAACAUUCACAAUGCAUUAUGAAAAGGCAUUUGGUGAAACGCAGCAGCAGCAGCAGCAGCAGCAGCUACAACACAAGAGGAAAAACAACACAAAUAGCAUACAAAACUUUUGGAAUGAUCAAAUAAUGGAGCGUUUUAUAAAAGCCAAUUUAUUUAUGAUUUGCUGUGUGGCGGCUGGUUUGCUAUUGAUUGUCUACUUGGGUGCCUUCUCCUGCGAAGUGUCCUGGAUACUGGAAGCGCACGGCAACUUGCCCAUCUCAUCCUACAUACUAUGCACGCAAUUUUUUAUAGUUUUUGUGGCAACAACAAUACUCAUACAUGGACUGGUCACCGGCUUGCCAUGGGGUCUGUUCGCGUGGUCAGUGAUCAUAGGUCUACUUUCAAUACCGGAACUGAUAUUGGUCAUGAUUAUGACAACACAGCAUUGGGGCUUACAAUCGGUGCAUGGCCUUACUGAGUUGAUUUCAUACCUUGUACGACUGGUGAUAAAUUGCUUUGCGUUGAUUUGUGUGAUACCAACUGGUAUAAGGUGGCGCCGCGAGUCACAGGUGCUGACACAGCUGCAGGGUUUGGCCACACGCCUCCAAUUGCAGACACCGCCGCCAAGUGUGCCAAUAGUCAAGGCCGAUUCGCGUCGUUCCAGUAAACGACGACAGAGCGGCGGCGCUUUUGAGAAUGCCGGCUAUGAGGUGAGCGAACCAACAACGAAGAUCAAUAUGUGCGGCCCGCAAGCGCAAGGCCUAAAUGCUGUGUACAACAACAAUCAGCUAUUUGGCUCUCAAAAUGAAUUCAAUGCUGCAACAUUCACACCACAAUACAUGCAACAGUUCAGUGGCCAUGGCGGUUAUGGAAACGGCGGUGUGCAAAUGCGCAACGGCCAUCGCGCGCAAUCAUUGAUGGAUUUGCGUUGCACACUGCCCGGCAUGUAUAAUCCACGCUACGUGCUCGAUACGGAGGACAAGAAUGGCAAAUACUUCAAUAUAACCAUCGACGAUCUGAAGCACAGCAUACAGGAUUCGAAUAAACAUCAUCCGCCACCUUCGUUAAUAGGUUCGGUUAAUGAUCCAAUUUACUGCUCAAUCGAGCCAAAGCAACCAACACCGCCACAACAGCGGCACCGCUCACCGGAGAAGUUACCGCAAGCGACAACAACAACAAAGUUGACGCGCAAUUGCAUAUCGCUGGAGAAUUUGGAUGGCAUUGCGAAGGUGCAAAGCGAAUUGGCUGCGUAUGGGAAUAAUCUGUUGCAGAACUAUUCACAGCAACAGCAGUACUACUUGGCCAUGUUGAGCGGCUAUUUGAAUCCGGUGCACGGCAGUGGCAUCUAUCGACGGCCGUCGAGUGGUUCGGUUGCGGGUCCAUUUACGGGCACCGGGUUGGCGCAGCCACUGCCGCGCAGAAACUCUCAACAUUUGCAAUACUAUGGCGGCUUCGAUUAUGCGAACUACACGAAUCCCUACAUAACGGCGAACAGCAAAUUGUCGUUGGGCGAUGAUUCCGACGAUUAUCGCAAGUAUCGCGACGUGGCGCUGUAGAUGCAAAAAGUCGGGUGCAUAGAAAAUAGUUAUUAGGUUAUGUUGUCUUAAGGUGCUAGAGCAACAGUCAAUAAUGACUUUAGGUUAGGAAUUUAGGUUAAUUUUGAUGCGAAUAUUUUUAGGAAAUUGUUAUAGAAAUAAUAUAUAAGUACUGAUCGAGAUAAAUUGAGAUGCAAUUAAUUAUUUUAAAUGAAAUUUCAAAUAGAAUAAAAAAAUAAUAAUAAAAUAAAAUAAAA